AUGGCGUGGCCAAACCCUUUCCGCAGAAGGGAUGAACAUACCCGGACUUGCUGGGGCUAUACAUUCCAGUUAACACCGGAACAUCUUACUCCAGAACAGGCACAUCCGUUGAAAUACACGUACGAUGUGCUGGGAGAAGAAUGCUAUGAUAUAGUGAACCAGAUGAAUAUUCCUGAAAGGGAGUCUCGAGCCUCUAACGAGACUGACAAACCGGCAUCGGCAACACCAAAGCGAGAUUUGUACCGCCUUCUCCAGGCCAAUCUGGACAAACACGAGAAACUGCAGCAACUCUGGGAUGAAGUGACCAAUGUUCCGGACUGGGUGGAUUGGGAUCAGAUUGCGCGGGGCCAAGAUGUCUUCUACCGCUACGGAGGGGCGACCUUGACCGGACUUGCCUACCAAUCCCUACUCGGUGGCAUGGGAGCAAACAGAGUAGUGGAAGUGUUAGCCCGGACAGGAGGGUUUUCAGUGAAAGUGGCUCGACACAGACUUUUCGAGACUACGCAGCAUAUCUUGGAGUGCACGAAGUCGAUCGAGUCAAUCAAGCCUGGAGGCGCCGGGUUCGCGUCCAGCCUACGAGUGAGACUGUUGCAUGCUGCAGUCCGACAACGUAUCCUGAAGCUUGCAAAGACCCGACCGGAAUACUACAGCGUGGAGAGGUACGGUGUUCCGAUCAACGACCUCGACUGCAUCGCCACGAUCGGCACUUUCUCCGGAACCAUCAUCUGGCUCUCGCUGCCGCGACAGGGGAUCUGGUUGCGCGAGCAGGAAAUCUUGGAUUACAUUGCACUGUGGCGUCUUAUUGCACAUUACAUGGGCACUCCGACCGAAUGGUUCGAGACGCCGGCCAAAGCAAAGGCCAUGAUGGAGUCUCUGCUGAUGAAUGAAAUCAACCCUACCGAGACUUCUAAGGUUCUGGCGGCCAAUAUCAUCCGCUGCCUCGAAGCCCAGCCACCAACCUAUGCGUCACGCUCCUUUCUUGAAGUUAAUGCCCGUUGGCUCAAUGGGAACGAACUGUCCGAUGCCCUCGGCCUUGGUCGUCCUUCGACAUGGUAUUGGGCGCUCAUGGCCGGCCAGUGUAUCUUCUUCAUGUCGAUCUGCUAUCUGUACCGCUCGAUCCCGGUAUUGGACAGGCGAAAGGUCGCUGGCCUACGCAAGGUGUUCUGGGCGGUCAUCGUCGAAGGCAAGCACGGCUUGGGUGAGGAGACGGUGUUUGACUUCAAAUAUGUUCCUGACUACCACGUCUUGACGGCCAGAGGAGGAGACGAACAAGCCAAGCCCAACGCAGUCGGAAUUGAGAGGAGAAACCUCAAUACCCUGCUCAUUGCCACAGGCUGUCUCACUGCAGCUGGCUAUGUGAGCUUGAAGAUGGCGUCUGCCAUUAUAGGGAGGCUGAUUUAG